AUGGAGAUAUAUAUCAAGCCCAGUAAAGCUCUCCUUGAUGCCAAUCUAUUUGCUCAGAUCGCUGACUUCGGCCUUGCGAGAUUUAAGAGCUCCAUUGGCAAUGAACUUCAGCAUGAUGAAGAGGAUGUAGUCGAGAAACCGGCGACGACGGAGACCUAUGAGAAGGCGAAGACACAGGGGGGGAUGAGGAUGAACGGUUUUCCAGAGUUGGAGGAAUGUCAGUGGGGUGGGGAAUCCCUGUUCCCUGCGGGGCUCCGCCCCGACGGGGCAGGGAUUCCCCGAAACAUCCCCCCAACAGUAGGGCUUGAUAGGUUGAGUGUCGACAGCGAAACCCAGAGAAGCAGCCAGAAAAGACUGGGUAAAGUGCUCUCUAGCAAUGACUACGUGGUGGAGUGGAUCUGCUCGGAGAUCAAGAAAAGCACCACCAGCUAG